AUGCAGCAUUGCCAAGGAGCAACUUCAAAUGGAGAGCAUCGUGGAAGCAAGGUCUGGGUUCCCCUGAUCGGUGUAACCGGAUACAUCAGUUAUGCACCCGCACUUGUAACAAGGCAAUUGGGUGGAAUGCAGUACAGACCAAUAACUCGGGGUUUAGCCGAUUUCAUAGGUUUAUUCAAGCACCAAUCAUUCCUUGAAGAGAUGGAACUUAUCCGACAAGAUUGGAAAAAACCCCUGAUGGUAAAAAGGGAAGAAGGAAGCAGCUUUGAAACAUCAUUUAGCCAGAAUUAUACGGUUUGGAGGAAUAAAGAGCUUUCUGAGAACGGGCUCACACAAAAAGAGUUGGCUAAGGUUAAGAGAUCUACCAAAGGCAAGAUGAGUGUCGAUAAAGAGAUGAUGGACUCCUUGAAAAAGGGAAGGAGCAUUCUUUUAAAGAAAGUAGAAGUUGAAAAAGAGAAAAAUCGGCUAGCCCAUCUCGACAUAGAAGAGGAAAGAAGGAUCAUAGCUCAAUAUAUGAUGCAACUGGAGGAAGAGAGAAGUUCAAGAAAGGCUGCAGAGUCUGAUAUGAGAGAUUACCAGAAGAGAGCCGAGUCUUCGAAAGGAAGGAUGAUGGCUUUACAAUCGGAGAUUGAGAUACGAGAAGAAGAGUUAAAAGAGAUGAGAAGCCAUUACUUCGAGAUGGAAGAGGAGCUCAGUAAGGCUAAGCAAGAGCGUCAAGAAUGUCAAGACUACAUAGACAGCUUUACAGUUCAAAUUAACUCCAAAAUAGCCGAGCUGGAUCUCGAAAAGGAAGAACUGCAGAGGGUAAGGGAUAAGUUGGCCCGGUCGGAGGAUAUGGUUCGAGUGUUGGAAAGAAGUAAUGAAGCCCUAGGAGCCAGCAAUGAAGUGAUAAUCGCAGAUAACACCGUGUUCCAUGAUAAGAUAAGGCACAUAACGAAGCAGGUCGAGCAAGCAGCCUGUUAUGCAGAAAGAUUGCAACAAUAA